ACCUGCUGAACUUUACCCGCUGACGCGAUGGCAGCCGCUACUCUCGGGGAAGUUGGAGGCGUCCUGCACGGCAUCGACGGCGUCGUUCACGUCGGCUCCCAUUUCUUCCUCACGCCUCCCGGGGACGGUCCGAUUGUGCUGGGGGAGCACCUGGUCCCCGGGGACAGGCGGUACCUGCCCACUACGCCAGAUCUGAAACACUUAAAGGGCAUUCUGAGGAGGAGGCAGCUCUACUGCAGGACUGGAUUUCACCUGGAGAUACUUCCGGAUGGCACGGUGCAGGGGACGAGGAAGGACCACAGUCGCUUCGGUAUUUUGGAAUUCAUAAGCCUUGCUGUUGGACUGAUAAGCAUAAAAGGAGUGGACAGUGGGCUUUACCUGGGAAUGAACGACAAAGGGGAGCUCUAUGGCUCAGAAAAGCUCACAGCUGAAUGUGUCUUCAGGGAGCAGUUUGAGGAAAACUGGUACAACACCUACUCGUCGAACCUCUACAAACACGGAGACAAAGGGACGCGUUAUUUUGUGGCAUUAAACAAAGAUGGGACUCCAAGGGACGGGACUAAAUCCAGAAGGCACCAGAAAUUCACACACUUCUUGCCCAGGCCUGUGGACCCAGAGCGAGUGCCAGAACUGUAUAAGGAUAUCCUGGGACACAGUUGAGGCACAAAGCCCCAGAUCAGGAGUAGCUGCUUUAAAGCCCUGUUAGGCAGGAAGCCGAUCGAGAAAGAGAGGCUGAGACGAUCCCGGGUGCAGGCUGGAGGACCUCUACCAGCGGGGAUAAAGGCACUGGGGGCCUCUUGUAGGAAUGCACAGUGGCCAUCUCUCAGCAGCCAAGAAGACAGGCUAGAAUGCCUCGGUAUGAGGGGCUCAUUUGUUCCAGAGGCUGAGCGAUCCCAGAAAAGUACCUGCGCGGAACAGGUUACAAAUGGGGAAGCGGAGCUGAGAGGUCACGCAGCGUCUCUAGAGCCUGUGGGAAUCACAGGAGAUCAAACAGGGCCGCUAUCUGAGCAACAACGGCUGGUGGCUGAGAAGGACUUUGAAGGAAUACGGUUUUAUUUCAAACCUGUGUCGAGACAUUCGGAAAAGUGUAAAGGUCUAUUUAUUCAUUUUAGAUAUGCAUAUUUAUCUUAUAUAUUUAUUUAUUGGAGAAUAUAUUUUACAGGUAGGAUCAUGCAAUAUAGAAAACCCCCACUUGGAACAAUGUAAAUUAUCUAAAGACUGAGACACUAUAUUUUUUAUCUUCUUUAUCCUGAAAAAUAACCACCUUAUUCAGUAAUACUCUGUAAUUUGAUCCAAAUUAUAUAAAAAAAGUUUUAAAACCUAUCCCAAUUUGACAUGUAUUCUAUCCCGAUUUGUUUUAUUGUGUAUUUUUCAAUAUUACUAAUGACAGUCAUACUAUUGUAAUGUAUUACAUAGGCAUGGGCCAGUAUAGGAUUGUCACAAUAUAACCUUUAGUAGAAAUUACACUUUCACUACAUUGACCAAAAACCUUUAAAUAAAAAAAAAUCUAAAGACAUAAUAAAAUCUAAAUUUUAGUGUAGAUUUUAAAAGAUAUAACAUGUAUUCCCCCUACUUUAAAAAAUGAUGUGACAUUUAAUUUCAGUUUUAAUUAAAAUGUCAAAAAAUGUGCUGAUUGUGGAAAAUGUUAUAUCGGUUUCCCUGAAGUUUCAGAACUACAGGAGAGAAAUAAGUGUUGUCAUUUUAGGCUCCACCAUCACUGACUGUGGUAUAGAAAAUGAUCCCAAAGAGCCGACUUUGUCAGUUUUGUAAUUGCAGAAAAGGGGUAGCAGCUUUCUCUUCUGCUAGCUCACCACCAGUGCACAGCAACAGGUGGAGGAGGGGAAGCGCUGCUUUACUUUCUCUGGCAUCUCAUUAAAAGGACUUUAAACUAUGUCAGUGGUGUGAUGGGAAAUUGAAUCAGUUUUGCGUUUGUCAGUCUUUAAAUCCUAGACAUAACUUGAUACUGGCCCAUGUCUAAAAAUACUAUAUAAUAAGUAAUUAUGUGUAAGCUUCAGUAGUCCACAUUGGUGGACUCUGUACACAAAUCUGAAGAUUUCUGAAGGCAAUUGGAAUGCGUUGAAUUUUGUUUAGGGGUAUCAGAGUAGAAGCAAUUGAAAGCAAAAGCAUGCCACACUUUUAAGAUUAUUUCUUGUUCUUAGCAGAUUAUCUGGCCGCUCGUCCAGGGUCACUACUUGUAUCCCAGUUGUUUCCCAGACAUGUGCUCCCCUUGCCCAGCCAGUUAGCGCAGGCUAACCACCAUGUCCUGGUGCCACUGCAGUUGUGCUAUACGCUUUUCAUUUCCAGUUGAAGGAUUAAACAUUACUCUGUGACAUG